AUGAUUGGGGAAAACACUCAAAACCAAGAGAUUACACAACUGAAAUCUCGAUUGACUGAUGUGGAAGGACGAUUGGCCUGUUAUAUUCUGGAGGCACUUCAGAAACAAGCCCGUUGUGAUAUCAAAUUCAUGAAUCGAGUAGCGGAUGACCAAGUUCCACAUUCCUUUUACAGCCUUGUCUCAGUAGCGGUGUUUAUUAGUUCGCAUGGCGUUGCGUAAGUUGGAUCAUCUGUAUGAUUACAGUAAGUUUUACAGUAUCUCGUUCCUUUUGUAUCAACUUCUGCGACUAUGGUAUUUCUAUUUGGUUCCCAUUUCCAAUGUGAUGAAUGUCCUUUUCAAGGACAAUUUUGUCCUCGAACCUUUCUUGAUUAUCCUUUUAUUUAAUGUGCUGAGAAUCAUAAUGACGGUAUUGACUGGAUUUAUAUGCAUCAUGUAUUUGAUUGGCUUUUUCGUACUCUGGCAGGGGAAUGCCCGGAGGUAUUCGAUCGUGUUCGGAAUCAGUCGGAUUCUGAAUUCUCUCUUUUUGAUGACUUUGGGAAGCCUGGGUAAGGGACGCAAUCAUUUGCAUAACAUUUUAGUUGUCUUACUUCAAAUAAAAGACGGUGCUGCAAGGUCUUUAAUAGGUCACAUUGCCUUACAUGGGAUUGAUGAUAAUCGUAUCAAUUCAUAUGACGUCAUCCAAUACGAACUUGGAUGUUGCGGAUUUUAUACUUAUAAUGAUUGGCAUUACAAUCGACUCUUCAAUUGGUCUGAUCCAGUAUGAUUUAUGUAAUAUAUUAUAUAUACUACAACCCUCAAAAUUAGGGUUGUUAUGUAGUUAAAAGCCGUAAGAAUUUAAAAUUUUUAGGAACUAAAUGGCCCUUCUUGUCAAAACAACCGAUGAAAUAAGCAGUACAAAUAGUUACGAGUAAUGUUAACGGUACUCAUCAUAGCCCAUGUUAAACUCCCGUUUGAAACCUCCAUAUAUCAGAAAUUUCAAUUUAGCCAAAGUUACGGGAAUGACGCUAAUUUGACGCAAGUUCAAGUUAACGUCAAACUGAAAAAAUGAACAACCCUACUCAAAAUAGUUUUGAAAAAUAAUAUUUUUGAUUUCAGAUGAGUGGAGACAGGUUUGAAGUGAUUAAUCGUCAUGAAUAUCGGAUCCGAUGCACCCAACAAAACAUUGAUUGUAGUGUUCCUGAGAGUUGCUGUCUUUCAUACAAUCCCUCCACUCUCUCGUCAUCUCCAUUGACAUGUCAUCAUCCGAAUCAAAAAGAUCUUCAUAAAUAUGGUUGCGUCCAUGUCCUUGACAGUGCUCUCUUCAACUUGUGGAUCACCUCUCUUUUUACUCUCAUUUAUUCCCUGAUUGUGAUGAUGAUAACAGCUUUUUUGAGCUCUGGCAUUAUAUGUGAAACAGAUGGAUUGGGUGUGGUGGAUCCCAUAUCCGAGUUGGUAAUCGUUUUUUUGCCGUAAUCCGUUGGUCUUUCUAGCCCGUUUCCAAGUUGAAGGGCGUCAAAUUAAUCGCAGGACUUGAUUCCCCCGCUUCGAAACACUCCAUAUUUUCGAUGAAGCCCAUCAAAAAGUAAAGAUUUAUUUAAAUAUCGUCUUUUAUUUACAUAAUAUUUCAUAAUUAUUUUUGUUUAGUAAAAACAGUCAAGAUGAAAUCCUCCAAGAUGCUCUCCAAGGGAAAAGAAACCAUCACCUGGACCCCGAGGACUCGACUGACAGUGAUCCUGACGUGGAUAAGGACGCCAGCUACAUGUCCCUGGGGUUAUGA